AUGCCUCCUAGGCGUCCCCCAACUCCCAAGUCAAAGCAGCCUCAGUUUUUGGAGCCAAAUAAACUCAGGUCAGACACCUAUAUCUUGCAAACUUUGGCACCGACCAUAGUCAGCACCCCAGCACCCAAUAUCCCAACAACUAUUACCACAACAUAUAACACCGGCCGACCUCUUCGCCCCGCUUCUGAAAGAGGUAAUGGCGCUGCAACUGCCAGCCAAGUGCCUUUUGAAGUUCGAGACAGACUUACUGCGAACCCCAAUCAGUUCGAAGGAGCUGAGGUCCACCGCCAGCAUUUGAUGCACCCUCGGGAGAUUGCAGUGGAAAUGACCGUUGACAAGGUUAGAAAGGCUCCUAGCGCUAGCCCAAGCCAACUUAAGUCUAAGAAGAGAUCUGCAGAAGACACAAAGGCGGAGAAAGAUGGAAGAAGCUCUCAACCUGCUCGUAAGAGGAGAUAUAAUACUGCUAAGAGAAGAGCCGUCAAAUUUGAUUUCCCCACCGAAAUCACCCGUCUCAUCCUCCGAUGUCUCAUUUCCGAGCAUCAAACUUUCGAAAGCGACUUAUGCACCGCCGUCUGCUUCGGCCUAACCUGCCGUACCCACUGGGCCAUCUUCCGCUCAAUCUUCAGUGGCAAGAUUCCCCUGCUCGUUCAAUCCCCCAAUACAUUUAAUCAGAGAAAAGCCUACGUCCCCUACCGACUCGGAGAUCUCUUGGUCAAGUGGAUGCUCCCGACAUACCGUCCUUUGCCCUGCCAAUUAUUGGAUGGCAAAUUGGCAAUCUCUGACACCGCGUCCAUCAGUGUAUAUGUCAGUUUUGCCGCAUAUCCCCAUGCAGGAGGCGAGAAAGAUCAAAGGCUCACAGAAAGAAUGGCCCAAUAUCGACGUAACUGUUUCAUGGAAUUCUACUGCAUCUACCAGAAUAUCCGUCAUGAUCGCUAUAUCAUUCCUCGCGGUCUCAACUGGUUUAUCCCGAAUCCAUACCGAAUGGGCGAGGAAUGGUAUCCUGCCACCAUUCGAUUUCUCAAACACACUAUCUUUCGCUGGAAGUCCGAUUGCCACAUGGAUCGCGAAUAUCAUUGGCUUAAUGAUAAAGAAGAGUAUACUCGCCACUACCAAGUCUGGUCGAUUUACAAGACCUGGAUGAUAAGAGAUUGGGUCGAGGCGCAACCGGAAGCAAUGGCAUACAAGCGAUCGCGUGGCUUGGGUGAAGAUAAGAAGAAAGUCGGUAUGAGAGAUGGGUUUGAGAUGUUGAAGUUGGUGGAUGUGCAGACGAAGGAACAUAAGCUUAGGGUCAAGCAGAUUGUUGACGUGAUGCUGAGGUUUCUUGAGGGUCGUCCAUCUCACGAUUGUUAG